UCACUAUUAGUCACAUCACAUGGUUUCAGCCAAGUUUCAGCGCAAUCGCCGAGGCUUUUUCUGCUCUUCUCGGAGGUGAUGUGAUAAAAAGCGUGUUUCCAAAAAUUUAAUCUAAUCAGAUUACAAAUUUAGGUAGUUUCUUCUGCCAUAGUGAUAAAAUUCAUACGAGCAAAGUAGUGUGUACUAGUUUCUGAAGUGCUUUAAAUGAGACUCAUCGCCUCAAAGCUUGGACUGAUACUGCAAACUACCCGUAUAUUGAGCGCUUCUAAUUUUUUUGUGUCAGGUGAACGAAAAUUGUCGGUGUUCAUGGAGCAGAAUAACGCAUUAUCUCAUCUGAAGUCUCUGAAAACUCCGGUCAAAAUUGGCACUCACGAUGGUACAUUUCAUUGUGACGAAGCACUUGGCUGCUAUUUGUUGAAAAUACUUCGUCCAGAUGCUCAGAUUCAUCGUUCACGAGAUCAAUCAAUAUUGGAUACUUGUGAUGUAGUUAUUGAUGUUGGAGGUGUCUUUGACGUGAAGAAGCUGAGAUUCGAUCAUCAUCAACGAGAAUUCAAUGAAUCUUUUGGAUCAUUGAUCGGCGACCCAAAGUGGACGAUCAAACUUAGUAGUGCUGGUCUUGUAUACACUUAUUUUGGUAAGGAAAUCUUAAAAAAAAUAUUAGGUAAUGAAGCAGAUGAUCAAUUCAUAGAAACUGUGUUUCAUAAAAUAUAUGAGGGCUUUAUUCAAGAGGUGGAUGGUGUAGACAAUGGAGUCCCUAUGUUUGAGGGCGAGCCAUUGUAUCAAAUUACCACUGGUUUAAGUAAGAGAGUCCAUAACUUGAACAAAGAAUGGAAUGACUCUGAUGACUUUAAUGAAAUGGAAGCUUUUGAGAAAGCGAUGGAACUAACAGGCUCCGAGUUCAAAGCAAGAGUUAUCCAAGCGUGGAAAGUAUGGUGGCCUGCCAGAUCUAUUGUCAUUAACGCCAUUAAUCAUCGCUUUAAGGUACAUGAGUCAGGGGAAAUUAUUGAGUUAGAAAAAUUUUGCCCGUGGAAGGAGCAUCUCUUUGAACUUGAAAAAGAGCUAGACCUUUCUCCCUCUAUUAAAUAUGUGAUUUUUAACUCUGGCAGCUGGAGAGUUCAAGCUGUAUCUGUGAAUAGCUUGAGUUUUGUCCUUCGAAUAGCACUUCCAGAAGAAUGGCGUGGAUUAAGGGAUGAAGAGCUGUCAGCUAAAGCUGGAAUCAAAGACUGUGUCUUCGUCCAUGGCUCUGGAUUUAUUGGUGGCAACAAGAACCGAGAUGGAGCUCUGGAAAUGGCUGUUAAAGCUUUGAAAAUUGGGAAAAGUAGAGGUGAUAUCAAAUCUUCAUGAAAAAUUUGCUGAAGUGAAAGUGCCAUUUCAGAGUUUCUACCUUUCACCAAAAACAUUUUUAUUCUCUGAAAUGGAGCAGCUCAUAUCAAGUUUCUGCUGUUUGCCACUAUUAAAAUGCCAACAUUGCCAGUAAUAUUUGCUCUAGUGUGUGCCAAUAAUUCCGUCUAAAGUUUAAAGUGCACAGAUUCUAAAUAGAACUGGAGGGACUUAAGUCUUUUAAGCCACUGGAAUCUGUAAGAACCUCAGACUCUUCUGUACGGCCAAACUUUUUUUGCGAUGCUAUCAAUAUACUGCUUUUAACCGUUUGUCAAUUCCUCCAUCCUUCAUUAAAACAAUGACCUAAGGGCAGCAGUUGCAGGGUUUUGAGCUUGCCAGUUAAAAUAAGACUACAGGUCCUCCAACUCUAUUACAACUGGCCUGUGCACUGUAUGGUUUGAAGGUUGUUAUUUCAUUCAGCAUUAUCAAAUAACGCCUUGAAUCAUUUCAUUUUUGUGUGAUAACAGAUUUUCUGAAUGUAGUUACCAUAAAUGAAUGUACCAACACUUGGAUGUCUGUGCACCUAUGCUAAAAUAAACUUAGCAGGGCCCGAAUUUUGUCGGCACUUUUUAAUGGACAU